AUGUCCUCACCUAUUAAAAGGAGGACGGCUUUAGUUGGUAAAAGUACAAAUAUAAGAAGCAGUACCGUUCGCAAGGGUUCGGUAUCACCUUCUAAACGUUCACAAGUUAAUGUAGAUUAUGCACUAAGACACAGUCCAGUAAGAAAUGUGCCCACAUCGUCAUUGGAUAAAAAUCCUGCACCUGCACCAGCUCCAUUGCUUCCCUUUGUAAUGCAUGAAGAGACACCUGAAGAACGUACGGCUACGUUAAUGAACCACAUGUCAUUAUCACAUUCCAUAAUGAAAUACCACGAUGAAAACGAUUUUAGCGGUGUCAAAGAAAACAUGUCUCCAAGUAAGUUACAUCGAACUACAAAAAAUUCUUCUCCCACAAGAUCACAAUUACCUACUACUGCCGUGCACAAGCCACUAAGGGAUCUGAGCAUAUCUGAGCACGAGGGUUCCGUAGAAGAUCCUCGAACCAGCGAAUCCAUACCAUUAACCUUGCAUUAUACAAAAAAAACUAGACUGCCGAAUUUUAUUACACCUCCAAGAGACAAGCAUCUAAGACAGUACUUUUCCACUACACGACACGAUGAUGAUGAUCAUUCACAUUUAUUCACCUCUAAAAGUACCGAUGAUAUCCCAAAGGAUAAAGUGGUUCGUAAACUUGAUUUUAAAAUUUGCGAAAAUUGA